GCAUCAUACAACCCUACAAUAAAACCCAAAAAGCCGUCCGGCGUCCCACAAUCUCGGGACGGCUCUGUGCGAGAGAUGGCGCGUCUGAGAUGGCUGCGCACUGAUCCAUUGUUGGUUGCCGUAACACAUGGCAGAUCCCAGACGGAGAAUACUCAAAACGGCUGCUUCUCCCAACAUCCUCCUCUGACGAUGCCAGUCGUCGCUCUUGCUCAGCGAUAUGACGCAGGCGGUCCACCGAGCGGGUUAUUAACGUGGGGAAGAGGGAUGCAGGGGCUGGGCAGUGGGCUUCAGUUGCCUCUACUCUAGGGUAUCUCUGAGCGGCUGGAGGCGGUGUGCCAUUCCCUCAAGGUCCUUUGCAAUCUCGCGGGGGAGACAUGCCCGAGGUCAUGCUGGACCGCCGGGCGUUGAUGAGCUGGUAACUCCCACUCCCUAG